UGUCCAGAAGCAAUGUACAUUUCUCGUGCCACCAAGUUUCGACCCAAACCACCAGCGUCAUCAACGACACGCAAAUGCCUGGAAGAGUCGAAGAAAUUGGCGGCUGAAUUCUGCGACAACACCUCAAUCCAUGGAGUGAAAUAUUUCGUGGGCUCGAAUCGAGCCUUGAUAGAAAAAGUUUGGUGGAUUGCUGUUUUUCUUCUGUCGCUGUACGGCUGUGGAAGACUUAUUCAAACGGUUUACAUCAAAUGGGACCGCGAGCCGGUGAUUGUGACGUUCGCGCAGAAACCAACGCCGGUGUUCCAGAUUCCAUUCCCAGCGGUGACAAUCUGUCCGGAAACCAAAGUGAAGGCGUCCAAUUUGAAUUUCACUAAAACGUAUUACUACAGCAGAUAUCCAUUGCUUCGCAAGCAGCUCACAGAUGAUCAAAUUAACAAGUUGCUAGCAAUGCUCCAAGUGUGUGAAUUUGCCUUCAGUGAUCAGUUCGAAAAUCAAACGUACGACGACGAUUGCGUCUAUUUGCUAAAAGAAAUGGCAAUUCCGCAGGACGAAAUAUUUGUGAUUUGCAGUUGGCGUACUUCGUACGAAAAUUGCACGACCAAGUUCCGGUUAACACUGACUGAUGUGGGAUUUUGUUACACUUUUAACUCGAUUGCUGGAGAUGAUCUUAUGCGACAAGACCAGCUGCACGAUGAUUUCGAAUACAUAGCGGAAACAAGUUCGUCCAAUUGGACGCUUCAUGAGGGCUACGCAGCUGGGACCGACAUCGAUACGUAUCCGAGACGAGUGCUGGGGGCAGGAAUUAAAGCUGGAGUGUCCGCCCUCAUUAAAGCCAACGAGAGUGACUUGGAUUAUUUGUGCGGGAACUCUUUCCAAGGGUUCAAAGUACUACUACACAUGCCCAACGAGUACCCUCAGCUUUUGAAUCAGCACUUUCGUGUCCCGCUGAAUCAGGAAGUAGCCGUUUCCGUGACACCACGGAUGAUCAUCACGUCGGAAAAUAUUCAAUCGUAUAAACCUCAUCGUCGACAGUGCUUCUUCAACGACGAACGCUAUUUGAAGUUCUUCAAGGACUACACUCAGAGCAACUGCGAACUGGAAUGCUUGGCCAACUUCACCCUGCGCCGAUGUGGUUGUGUGAAAUUUUCUAUGCCACGGUCCCCCAAUGUGCGGAUUUGUGGAGUCAGUAUGGAAAAAUGCUAUGAUUUGGCAACGGUCGAGCUGUUGGAAAUGGAGGUGAAGUACCGGGAGAAUCCACGAUUGAAGAAUUUGGACGACUGCAAUUGUCUACCGUCGUGCACCUCUGUGCAGUACAAUACGGAAAUAUCGCAGGCAUCGUUCGAGUGGAAGCGACUCUUACCCGUGGUGAAAACUUUUGGGGAUUCGUUAAAGGGCGUUCAGGUAUCCUAUUUGAUUGUUUUCUUCAAGGAUGCUCAGUUUAUUCCAGUAAAGAGAAGUGAACUGUUUGGCUUGACGGAUUUCCUCGCUAACUGCGGUGGCUUGCUGGGGCUGUUCAUGGGAGUCAGCAUCCUGAGUUUGGUGGAGAUAUUUUACUACUGCUUCAUCAAACCUAUGGUCAUGUGGUGCAAAGCGAGCAAGCCAGAACCAAUAAAGCAGGUGCAAGUGAAAACGGUUAGCGGCGUAUCGGAGCCCAUCAGUAUCUGGAGAUAUGAAGGCAAGAUGUAAAAGAAGCGUUGUCCGACGGAAUAGAAAAAUACAAUUGUUAUAACU